UUUGCUUCUUUUUCCGGGCCCGGCCAGGCAGCUUCUCCGGACCCUAGCUCGCUGAGGCUGCGGGCUGCCGUUCUACUGGCGGGGCCCCGAGAGCCGCGAUCUCCUUUCCUAGCGUUCAGAAGGGUCGGUCUCGCUCCGUGGCGUCCCUGCCGCCAGUUCGGGACUGCCACCCGCUGGGCCGAGAGCGCGCGGCCAGCGGGGCCGCCCCGGGCGCGCCAGCCAGGAUGCUGACCCGCCCGGUCGGCUGAACCCGAGCGCUCCCGAUCGGCCCGAGCGCCGGCGCCUUCCGCGCGUGGCUCGCGAGGCUGCCCCGAGCAGGGGCUGCCCGCGCCGCCCGGUCCCCUCCUGCUCUCCUGCUCCGGGCCUCGCUCGCCGCGGGCCGCAGUCGGUGCGCACAGGCGGCAGCCAAGCGCCUGGGACGCAGCAUGCAGGCGCGCUACUCGGUGUCGGACCCCAACGCUUUGGGAGUGGUGCCCUACUUGAGCGAGCAAAACUACUACCGGGCAGCGGGCAGCUACGGCGGCAUGGCCAGCCCCAUGGGCGUCUACUCGGGUCACCCGGAGCAGUACGGCGCCGGCAUGGGCCGCUCCUACGCGCCCUACCACCACCAGCCCGCGGCGCCCAAGGACCUGGUGAAGCCGCCCUACAGCUACAUCGCGCUCAUCACCAUGGCGAUCCAGAACGCCCCGGAGAAGAAGAUCACCCUGAACGGUAUCUACCAGUUCAUCAUGGACCGCUUCCCCUUCUACCGCGAGAACAAGCAGGGCUGGCAGAACAGCAUCCGCCACAACCUGUCGCUCAACGAGUGCUUCGUGAAGGUGCCGCGCGACGACAAGAAGCCCGGCAAGGGCAGCUACUGGACCCUCGACCCAGACUCCUACAACAUGUUCGAGAAUGGCAGCUUUCUACGGCGGCGCCGGCGAUUCAAGAAGAAGGACGUGCCCAAGGACAAGGAGGAGCGGGCCCACCUCAAGGAGCCGUCCCCGGCUGCAGCCAAGGGCGCCCCGACGGGGACCCCGGUAGCUGACGGGCCCAAGGAGGCCGAGAAGAAAGUGGUGGUCAAGAGCGAGGCGGCGUCACCUGCACUGCCUGUCAUCACUAAGGUGGAGACGCUGAGUCCCGAGGGCGCGUUGCAGGCUAGUCCCCGCAGCGCAGCCUCCACUCCCGCUGGCUCCCCAGACGGCUCGCUGCCUGAGCACCACACCGCGGCGCCCAACGGGCUGCCAGGCUUCAGCGUGGAGACCAUCAUGACGCUGCGCACGUCGCCUCCGGGCGGCGAUCUGAGCCCUGCGGCCGCGCGCGCCGGCCUGGUGGUGCCGCCGCUGGCUCUGCCUUACGCCGCCGCGCCACCCGCCGCUUACGCGCAGCCUUGCGCGCAGGGCCUGGAGGCUGCGAGCUCGGCGGGCUACCAGUGCAGCAUGCGGGCCAUGAGUCUGUACACCGGGGCCGAGCGACCCGCGCACGUGUGCGUCCCGCCCGCUCUGGACGAGGCUCUGUCGGACCACCCGAGCGGCCCCGGCUCCCCACUCGGAGCCCUCAACCUCGCUGCGGGCCAGGAGGGCGCGCUGGGGGCCGCGGGUCACCACCACCAGCAUCAUGGCCACCUCCAUCCACAGGCGCCGCAGCCCGCCCCGCAGCCCCCUCCCGCGCCGCAGCCUGCCACCCAGGCCACCUCCUGGUAUCUGAACCACAGCGGGGACCUGAGCCACCUCCCCGGCCACACGUUCGCCACCCAACAGCAAACUUUCCCCAAUGUCCGGGAGAUGUUCAACUCGCACCGGCUGGGACUGGAAAACUCAACCCUCGGGGAGUCCCAGGCCCACACCGGCUUCGCCUCCCCGAUGGACCCUCUUCGACGGAGCCGCAGAAAGCGACGGAACGCGCCCCUCUCUCAGACCCGGGAGCAGAGAGCUCCGCGCAACUCGCAGGUAACUUAUCCGCAACUCGGUUUCCGAGAUCCCAGCGAGUCCCUCUAACGGGGACACAGCCCACCGAAACGAAAUACCGAUUUUUUAAAAAUUUCCUUCCCCUACCCGGAUACUGCGCCUGCUCCCCUUGGGGUUUCACAGAUUAGUUUGUGGACCAAAUCCCACAGGGACCCCUAAUGACUUUCUGUGGAGACUCCCCAGGGGCGCAUGAGGUCUCUUUGGAUAGGGUGCCUUCUGUAAACGAGUGCGGAUUUGUAACCAGGCUAUUUUGUUGCCCAGAGCCUUUAAUAUAAUAUUUAAAGUUGUGUCCACUGGAUAAGGCUUCAUCUUGCCCAACCGUUUCUGCCAAAUUGAAUUAAGAAACCAGUGUGGGUUUUUUCUCCCCACAAUACCAUGAUAAAAUAGAAUUCUCCUCUCAACUGUAGGUCUUUUACAAAACAAGAAAAUAAUUUAUUUAUUUUUUUGUUGGUGGUGGAUAACGAAGUCAAGUAUCUGAUACUUUUAAUUAAGGAAAUGUGGUGGCUUUGUACCCCAGAUGCCAUCUGGAGUAUUCCUAACAGACACCAAAAGACUUAAAAAUUUAACUUCAUCUGUGUUUGUCUUAUGUGGUCUCAAUGUUGUAUUUACCUUAAAAUAAACCCAUGUUGU